AUGCCAGUCGUCAUCCUCAGCCAGUCGUCAUCCCCAGCCAGUCGUCAUCCCCAGCCAGUCGUCAUACCCAGCCAGUCGUCAUACCCAGCCAGUCGUCAUCUCCAGCCAGUCGUCAUCCCCAGCCAGUCGUCAUCCCCAGCCAGUCGUCAUACCAUGCCAGUCGUCAUACCCAGCCAGUCGUCAUACCUAGCCAGUCGUCCCCAGCCAGUCAUCCCCAGCCAGUCGUCAUCCCCAGCCAAUCCUCCCCAGCCAGUCAUACCCAGCCAGUCCCAGUCAUCCCCAGCCAGUCGUCAUCCCCAGCCAGUCGUCCCCAGCCAGUCAUACCCAGCCAGUCGUCAUACCCAGCCAGUCGUCCCCAGCCAGUCAUACCCAGCCAGUCGUCAUACCCAGCCAGUCGUCAUACCCAGCCAGUCGUCAUACCCAGCCAGUCGUCCCCAGCCAGUCAUCCCCAGCCAGUCGUCAUACCCAGCCAGUCGUCAUACCCAGCCAGUCGUCAUACCCAGCCAGUCGUCCCCAGCCAGUCAUCCCCAGCCAGUCGUCAUACCCAGCCAGUCGUCAUACCCAGCCAGUCAUCUCCAGCCAGUCGUCAUACCCAGCCAGUCAUUAUCCCCAGCCAGUCGUCAUACCCAUACCCAGCCAGUCAUUAUCCCCAGCCAGUCGUCAUACCCAGCCAGUCGUCAUACCCAGCCAGUCGUCAUACCCAGCCAGUCGUCAUACCCAGCCAGUUGUCAUACCCAGCCAGUCGUCAUACCUAGCCAGUCGUCCCCAGCCAGUCAUCCCCAGCCAGUCGUCAUCUCCAGCCAGUCCUCCCCAGCCAGUCAUACCCAGCCAGUCGUCAUACCCAGCCAGUCGUCCCCAGCCAGUCAUCCCCAGCCAGUCGUCAUACCCAGCCAGUCGUCAUACCCAGCCAGUCGUCAUACCCAGCCAGUCGUCCCCAGCCAGUCAUCCCCAGCCAGUCAUCCCCAGCCAGUCGUCAUACCCAGCCAGUCAUCUCCAGCCAGUCGUCAUACCCAGCCAGUCAUUAUCCCCAGCCAGUCGUCAUACCCAUACCCAGCCAGUCAUUAUCCCCAGCCAGUCGUCAUACCCAGCCAGUCGUCAUACCCAGCCAGUCGUCAUACCCAGCCAGUCGUCAUACCUAGCCAGUCGUCCCCAGCCAGUCAUCUCCAGCCAGUCGUCAUCCCCAGCCAGUCCUCCCCAGCCAGUCAUACCCAGCCAGUCGUCAUACCCAGCCAGUCGUCACACCUAGCCAGUCGUCCCCAGCCAGUCAUCCCCAGCCAGUCGUCAUCCCCAGCCAGUCCUCCCCAGCCAGUCAUACCCAGCCAGUCGUCAUACCCAGCCAGUCGUCAUACCCAGCCAGUCGUCCCCAGCCAGUCAUCCCCAGCCAGUCGUCAUCCCCAGCCAGUCGUCAUCCCCAGCCAGUCGUCAUACCCAGCCAGUCGUCAUACCCAGCCAGUCGUCCCCAGCCAGUCAUCCCCAGCCAGUCGUCAUACCCAGCCAGUCGUCAUACCCAGCCAGUCAUCUCCAGCCAGUCGUCAUACCCAGCCAGUCAUUAUCCCCAGCCAGUCGUCAUACCCAUACCCAGCCAGUCAUUAUCCCCAGCCAGUCGUCAUACCCAGCCAGUCGUCAUACCCAGCCAGUCGUCAUACCCAGCCAGUCAUUAUCCCCAGCCAGUCGUCAUACCCAUACCCAGCCAGUCAUUAUCCCCAGCCAGUCGUCAUACCCAGCCAGUCGUCAUACCCAGCCAGUCGUCAUACCCAGCCAGUCAUCCCCAGCCAAUCGUCAUACCCAUACCCAGCCAGUCAUUAUCCCCAGCCAGUCGUCAUACCCAUACCCAGCCAGUCGUCAUACCCAUACCCAGCCAGUCAUUAUCCCCAGCCAGUCGUCAUACCCAUACCCAGCCAGUCAUUAUCCCCAGCCAGUCGUCAUACCCAGCCAGUGGUCAUACCCAUACCCAGCCAGUGGUCAUACCCAUACCCAGCCAGUCGUCAUACCCAGCCAGUCGUCAUACCCAUACCCAGCCAGUCAUUAUCCCCAGCCAGUCGUCAUACCCAGCCAGUGGUCAUACCCAGCCAGUCGUCAUACCCAGCCAGUCAUCAUCCCCAGCCAUUCUAUUUGAAGAUAAUUUUUGGACGUCAUUUUAAGCCGUGUUAA